GUCUGGCAUGCUAUAGGCUAGGUUGGAAUAGUCUGUAUAAUGCCAAGGCUACGCAAAGUCACUGCAUGUAGCUGGGCAGGGGCAGAAAGACUGCAGUCACACAUAGAGAGAGAGAGAGAGAGAGACAGAGACAGAGAGCUCCCAUAGCACUGACGAACGGCAGAGCAAAAGCGACUCUUCAUUGCUAACUCCCGCCUGCGUGCAGUCGACGUAACUUUUCCCCAAAAAAAGCAACUCCCCUUCGGAUGUGUAGGUUGUGUCCUUUGUCCACAGUUCGGGCUCGUCGCUGGGUGUAUUUGACGCCUGCUACGUUAGUAGCUGGGACAACCAAACGAGAUGGGGGCGAAGUAGGUGGCUCGCCAGAUAAGAGUGAAGGUUGGACUGUCUGUACUGCAGUGGCGGUGGGAAGCCUUGGUUGUGGUAUGCGGGACUAAGUAGCUAGGAAGCAAGGAUACGAGUGAAGAAGGAAAACGCUGAGUUAAGUGUAACGGCAUUCUCGCCUGCUGUGAAGUGAAUGUUUGAACUUGCAGUGUGUUUUAUACACGACUGCUACCUGGUUGCUAGCUAGAAGCUACAUUGAACACAGAGAGAGAGAGAGAGGGAGAGAGAGAGAGGGAGAAACUUUCCAGCCUGACGCAGAACCGCAGACAUGCAGUUGACAGAGAUCCUUGGUUCAGGAACCUUCCUGAUUCUGCUCCUUGUCUCGUGGUCCGACAGCCUUUCCUUGUCCCCGGAAGAAGCUAACCAGUUCUUGAGGAGACACAGGAGAGCGAAUCACGUUUUCGAGGAGACGAAACAAGGGCACCUGGAGCGAGAGUGUGUGGAAGAGAAGUGUAGUAAAGAGGAGGCGAGAGAAGUAUUCGAGAAUGACCCUGAAACAGACUACUUCUUUCCAAAGUACUUAGCGUGCAUGGAGAAGUUUGGGGACACGGACAAGAAGAAACAAGACCUGAUCACCUGUGUUCACAAUAUUCCAGACCAGUGCUCUCCAUCUCCCUGUAAUCCUCGAGGUACGGUGCGCUGUGAGGACCAAAAGGGCGACUUCCUCUGCCACUGCUUCACUGGCUGGACAGGAGUCCGUUGUGAGAAAGAUGUCAACGAGUGCAUCAAGAAGAAUGGAGGAUGUAACCACGAGUGUAACAACACUAUGGGUAGCUACCAUUGCUCCUGUCACCGCGGUUACAUGCUGGUCGGACCCCAGAGGUGUAACGACGUGGAUGAGUGCCAGGAUCCAGGUAUGUGUGGGACAGCGAGGUGUGUGAACCAGGAUGGAGCCUAUGACUGUCUGUGUGAGACGGGAUAUGUUUACGACAACAACACCAAGACCUGCCUAGGUGAGCACUACACCAAAAACACACUACUCAGUACUGACACAUUAUAUACACCAAGACCUGCCUAGGUGAGCACUACACCA